GCCGCGCCACCUCCACCAGCCCCACCAGCGUCAGCGCUGGAGGCGGUGUGCAGCUCCUCAUUGUUCUGGUAGAAAGCCUGAUCCGCGGCCGGGGCCGCAUUAGUUCCGAUGGCCGCGGCUCAGAAUCCACGUCCCACCUGAGAGGGAGCGGUCCAUCUGCGCGGACGACGCCGAGGUACCGAGGUGGACCGGGAUUUCUCCGUGUGCCGUGGAGAGGAUUUAAAAGGCGGCUCGUUUUCUGGUGGGCAGCGUGUGGAUCCCGCAGGAGGAAGACGGGACUGUUUCCCGUUGAAAGCCCGUCGCCAUGUCUGAACUAGCCGAGAGGCCCUCCACAGCCGGGCAGAGGCUGGGCGCCCCGGAGAGCUUCGGCGUGUCCACCCUGGAGCCGGGCCUGCGUCCUCCAGCCCAGCCGCCGGGACGGCAGGUUUCCAUAAGGGUUCAGAUGCUCGACGACACGCAGGAAGUCUUCCAGAUAUCACAACGUGCUCCUGGGAAAGUGCUUUUUGACCUGGUUUGCGUCCAUCUCAACCUGACUGAAGGGGACUAUUUCGGGCUGGAGUACACGGACCACCGGAAAAUGACGGUGUGGCUGGACCUCCUGAAGCCGGCGCUGAAGCAGAUCAGACGACCUAAAAACACCAUCCUUCGCUUUGUGGUGAAGUUCUUCCCUCCUGACCACACGCAGCUGAUGGAGGAGCUGACUCGGUAUCUGUUUGCCCUGCAGAUCAAACGCGACCUGGCCUGUGGUCGUCUCAUCUGCAACGACACCAGCGCCGCUCUCAUGGUUUCCCACAUCAUUCAGUCUGAGAUCGGGGACUUUGACGAGACGCAGAGCUGGCAGCAUCUGCUGCACAACAAGUACCUUCCCGACCAGGACGCCAUCAGAGACAAGAUCAUUGACUGCCACCGCCAGCACAAUGGGCAGACUCCGGCGGAGUCGGACUACCAGCUGCUGGAGAUCGCCCGGCGGCUGGAGAUGUACGGCGUGCGGCUGUACCCAGCGAAGGACCGAGAGGGGACGAAGCUCAGCCUGACCGUGGCGCACACCGGCGUCCUGGUUUUUCAGGGAUACACAAAAAUUAACGCUUUCAACUGGUCCAAGAUUCGCAAGCUGAGCUUCAAACGUAAACGGUUCCUCAUCAAACUGCGAGCUGACCCCACGCAGAACUCCCACCAUGACACCCUGGAGUUCGCCAUGGCCAGCAGGGACUGCUGCAAGGUCUUCUGGAAGAUCUGCGUGGAAUACCACGCCUUCUUCAGGCUCUUCGAGGAGCCCAAACCCAAACCCAAGCCCAUCCUCUUCACCAGGGGGUCCUCAUUCCGGUUCAGCGGGAGAACGCAGAAGCAGAUCAUCGACCACAUGAAAGACUCGGAGCUGAAGAAAGUGCCGUUUGAGAGGAAGCACAGCAAAGUUCUCUCCAGCAGCAGCAUGUCCCCUCGCUCCUCUUCCUUCAGAUCCCAAGUGCCAAGAGAGAGUGCCACGUCUGUCCCGUUAUCAGACCAGCCCGACUCGGCAAGACUGGAGGCCAGAGCUAACGGCACCGAGGAGCGGCCGGCCAUCGCACCCCCAACUAACGGCUUCCCCCCCGACAGCACGCUCAACUCGGACACGAGCCGCCAGAACCACAACGGAGCGGGCCAGCAUCUCCUCAACCCAGAAAGCCUGGAAGCCAAGGAUUCCCCGCAUGAAAGUCCCCGGGUGGUCGCGAACGGCAGCGGCCCCGGGGACGGGGAGACGGGCGUCGCCGGCAUGGAGGAUGUGGGGCCGAUUUCAGACGGUCAGCCGCUCUCACCGCUUACCAGCCCGCUGCUCAUCGAGGCGGGAUACGUUCGCAACGACGAUGAAGAGGAGGCGAGGAGGAAGAAGUUUCCCACAGACAAAGCCUACUUCAUAGCCAAAGAACUGCUGACGACAGAGCGGACCUACCUCAAAGACCUUCAGGUUAUCACAGAGUUCUUCCAGAAAGCUGCAGGGAAAGAUGAAGCCUUUCCAGACGCCGUGAAGAACCUGAUCUCCUCCCACUACGAGCCGGUCUACAGGUUCCACCGGGCGUUCCUCAAAGAGACGGAGCAGCGGCUGGCUCAGUGGGAGGGUCGGUCCAACGCUCACAUUAAAGGAGAUUACCAGCGAAUCGGUGACGUUUUACUGAAGAACGUUCAGGGUCUGAGGCAGCUGACGGUUCAUCUCCAGAAGCAUUCAGAGUGCUUGGUGGAGCUGGAGCGAGCUUGCAGGUCGAGUCGGAAGGUGGAGGCCCUUUGCAGAGACCUGGAGCAGCAGAGGGUUUGUUACCUGCCGCUCUACAUCUUCUUCCUCCGGCCUCUCCACCGCCUGCUGCACUACAAGCUGAUCCUGGAGAGGCUGUGCAAGCACUACCCGCCCACCCACGAGGACUUCAGGGACAGCAGAGCGGCCCUGGCGGAGAUCUCGGAGACGGCGCUGCAGCUCCAGGGCAUCAUGAUGAAGAUGGAAAACUUCCAGAAGCUCCUGGAGCUGAAGAAGGAUCUGACCGGCAUCGAAAACCUCGUCUUACCCGGCAGGGUGGGUCUAUUUUAUUUAUUUUUUUUUAUUAUUCUUUGGCGGGAUGUGACGUUUCUCGCUGACGUGUUUGUGUCCGACCUGCAGGAGUUCAUCAGGUUGGGCUGCCUCAGCAAACUGUCGGGGAAGGGCCUCCAGCAGAGGAUGUUCUUCCUGUUCAGCGACUGCCUGAUGUACACCAGCCGAGGGAUGACGCCGUCCAACCAGUUUAAGAUCCACGGCCAGCUGCCGCUCUAUGGCAUGACGAUCAGAGAAAGCGAGGAGGAGUGGGGCGUCCCUCAUUCGUUCACGCUGUUCGGACAGCGGCAGUCCAUCGUGGUGGCGGCCAGCUGUGCUGCAGAGAUGGAGCGCUGGGUGGAGGACAUCAGGAUGGCCAUCGACCUGGCAGAGCAGGGCAGCGGCCCCAACGCCGACCUGCUCUCCACCAGCCCACCUGAGAGCAAGCCGCUGGAGGACGUCGGAGCCGAGCCGGAGUCCGAGGAGGAGCUCUGCGGCUCGCGCUCGUCCCUGGAGCGUCAGAGCCAGCGGGGCAACACCACGGUGCACGUCUGCUGGCAUCGCAACACCAGCGUGUCCAUGGUGGACUUCAGCAUCGCCGUGGAGAACCAGCUCUCAGGUAACCUGCUGAGGAAGUUCAAGAACAGCAACGGCUGGCAGAAACUCUGGGUGGUCUUCACCAACUUCAGCCUCUUCUUCUACAAGUCGCACCAGGAUGAAUACCCUCUGGCCAGCCUCCCUCUGCUGGGCUACGCCGUCACGGUCCCCGCCGAGUCCGAGAACAUCCACAAAGAUUACGUCUUCAAGCUUCACUUUAAAUCCCACGUGUACUACUUCAGAUCAGAGAGCGAGUACACCUUUGAACGGUGGAUGGAGGUGAUCCGCAGCGCCACCUGUUCCGCCAGCCGUCCCCUGCUGAGCUCCAGGAAGGAUCUUUACUGAUCAAUCUGCCGCCUUCCUCCUCUUUUUUUAAUCCACACUUUUUUCCACGCCCGACACUCUCAGAAGUCCUCACGCACCAGUUAUCCUCGACGUUCUUACUUUUUCUGUGCCAAACUGGAAGAUACUGGUAGUGUUGUCCUUAUUUUCUGACGUCAUUUCCACUUUUCAAAUCAACAUAUUUACACAAGCAAGUGUGAGGAUGUGAACACGCUCUAAUUAAAAAAAUAAUGCCAUUUCAGGACCUAAUGAGAAAUGUUUUUUUUUUUUUUGUAAUGCGUCUUUUUGUACAGUAUUUUGAUAACACUGUGAAAAUUCCCCUUUUUUUCCCCCCACUUCCUCC